AUGGCCGCCAACAAGCCCGUCCAAAGGAGGAACCUCCGUUCGGCUGCGGCCGAGGCAGACUCGUCGGCGUCGAGCGCUGUCGUGUCUCCCGUUGACUCUCCCCGUCCCUCUGCUUCGUCGACGUCGCUGUCCUCGCUGGCUUCCGAGGACAACAAGGACCUGUCCCAGAAGCAGUACCCUAAGCUGUACGACACGUACGGCAACGAGUUCGUGCCCCCUGACUUCACCAUCAAGGAUAUCCGUGAUGCCAUCCCCAAGCAUUGCUACGAGCGCUCCGCCAUCCGCAGCUUGGCCUACGUCGCCCGCGACAUCGUCUACCUCUCGGUCACCUUCUACCUCUGGAACAAGUUCGUGACGCUCGAAUACAUCCCCUCGAAGCCGGUUCGCGCCGCUCUGUGGUUUGCGUACACCUUCCUUCAGGGUCUGUUCGGCACCGGUAUCUGGGUCAUGGCCCAUGAGUGCGGCCACCAUGCCUUCUCGCCUUACACCAAGCUCAACAACUUCGUCGGCUGGAUUCUUCACUCAUCUCUCCUCGUUCCGUACUUCAGCUGGCAGCUCAGCCACAGCAAGCACCACAAGGCUACUGGCAACAUGGCCCGCGACAUGGUCUUCCUGCCACGCACUCGCGAGCAGCAUGCUACUCGCAUUGGCCGGAUGGUCCAUGAGCUUUCUGAGCUGACCGAGGAGGCCCCCAUUGUCACCCUCAUUCACCUGAUCGGCCAGCAGCUCAUCGGCUGGUGGAACUACCUGCUGACCAACGUCACUGGCCACAACAACCAUGAGCGCCAGCGUGAGGGCCGUGGCAAGGGCAAGAAGAAUGGUUUGUUUGGUGGCGUCAACCACUUCAGCCCCAACAGCCCGAUCUUCGAGAACCGCGACGUCCCCUACAUCAUCCUCAGCGACAUCGGCAUUGCUCUGAUGAUCUCGAUCCUCGUCUUCUGCGGCAAGACCUUUGGCUGGUCAAACAUGCUCGUCUGGUACUUCUUCCCCUACAUGUGGGUCAACCACUGGCUGGUUGCCAUCACGUACCUCCAGCACACCGACCCCUCUCUGCCGCACUACACCGAGGAGGAGUGGAACUUCGUCCGUGGCGCUGCUGCGACUAUUGAUCGCGAGUUUGGCUUCAUCGGCCGCCACCUCUUCCAUGGCAUCAUUGAGACUCACGUGCUGCACCACUAUGUCAGCACUAUCCCCUUCUACAACGCCGACGAGGCCACUGAGGCCAUCAAGAAGGUCAUGGGCCGCCACUACCGCUCUGACACCCGCGAAGGGCCUAUCGGCUUCAUCAAAGCCAUGUGGCGCGCUGCUCGCUGGUGCCAGUGGGUUGAACCUUCUGAGGGCGCUGAGGGUCCCGCCAAGGGCAUCCUAUUCUUCCGCAACCACAACGGCCUCGGUGUUCCUCCCGCCAAGAUUCCUCCUCCUACUUCGUCGUAA